GCCCAUUUGAGUCCGUCGGCUCUUGUAGAAGCUUCGAUGUGCCAACGUUCUCGAAACUUUGAUUACGGCCAACAUCACGGCCGCACAGAAAAGCCUCAACGUUUUGAGAAACCAAGUGACCAUCGUACAAGAUCCCGCAAAAAAGGAAACAUAGUGUGGUUAUCCCUGGGCCGGAACCGAUUCCUUCUGCCAUGGGAUUCAUACAUGGUAAGUCCUGGCCAGUUCACGUAUCUCAACCUUUCUUUGAACAGGGUCCAGAUAUGUGACCGUUUGUUGGAAUGCAUAGCCAUCCCUGGUCAAGACAACCCCGAAAAAAUUCUGUGAUGAUCCCUGGGGCACUGGAUAUUUUCUUCGAAACAUAUGGCUAUGCCUGGUAAAUUGAAUUUCCCGAGGCAAAGACUAAAAUACAUGGCUUUCAGAACAAAAGCAUGGUCAUCUGCACAUUCCCUGGGAAAUUUUAAUCCUUGAGGGACAGUAUGCCCUGGGUCAAAAUUUGUCCCAAGGUGG